AAUAGUUAAAGAUGGACAAAAAUAUUCAGAUAAUGGUGCUUGGCAAUGGUAACACAGGAAAGACCUGUUUGCUGCUGGCUUACAAAAAGAAGGAAUUCGAUGGAACGCAAGUGCCCACCGUAAUAGAAAAUUAUCCUAUGGAGAUCAUGAUCGAUGGAAAACCUCAACAGAUGACCAUCAUAGACACCGGAGGUCAGGAAGAUUAUGAUAGAUUGAGGCAAAGCAUAUACAAAGACUGCAACGUUUUUAUAGUGUGUUACUCGGUCGCUUCCAGGACUAGCUUUGAUAACGUUAAAGACAAAUGGAUCAAAGAGCUGAAUUACUAUUGGCCCAACUGCAUCGUCAUUCUUGUUGCUACUAAAUCCGAUUUGAGACAGAGCAUGGAAGGAUGUAUUGAGAAGUCCGAAGGGUUGAAGAUGAAGAAGAGGAUAGGAGCUCACGAUUUCGUGGAAUGCUCUUCAAAGCUGAUGUACAACGUGAACGAGGUUUUCGAGAAGGCCAUAACGGCAGCAUUAAGACCCAAAAUUGUCAAGAAAAAGUUCUGUGUUCUGCUGUGAUUUCUGUAUUUAAACAAAUAAAUUUUCUAUUGUCUAUA